CUGACGUGAGAAGUGACAUAGACUGGCUGACACUUGACAUGAGAGUUUAUUUUGAUCACGAACACGAAGGAAUUUAUAUCAAAAUAUCAAUAAAUAAAUAAAUAAAUAAAUGUAUAUAUUUUAUAUUUUAUAUAGUUGAGUGAGUAUACUGUGUUUUGUUGAUGACAUUCAUAAUGGAGAUGAAAAAAGAACCUGGAGAUCCAUAUCAACAAGAAAAUUUGAAAAUUAAGCAAGAACCUGAUUCACUUCUUGAAGUAAAACUUGAACCAAGUGAUAAGGAAUAUGCAAACCAAACAAUUUCGUCCUUAAAUUAUAGAACAAACAUAAAAUUCAACGCCGAAAAUUCCAAUUAUGUUGUGUCCAAACUUUCAAGCCCUGCCACCAUGGACUUUGAGGAUAUCAAAGAAAUACAAGCAUCAGACUUUUUUGUGAACAUUGACGAUAUAGUUAACAUAAAACAGGAAGCAGAGUGUGAGGUUAAAACCAUAAAUGAAGAGUUUUUAAACGAAGAAUGUGAUUUGAAGAGUGAAGAAUAUUUUGACCAACCCAGUAGUAAGCAAUCCCAUGAAGUUUUAGAUCUACCUGAAGAACUUGAUUUGAAAUUCUUGAAAAAGAAGUAUCCCUGCCCCAUCUGCAAUAAAAGUUUAGAAUCGGCAGUAUCAAGAAAAAAACACUUUGCCUUCCAUUUCGAAAACGGACGUGCCAAUUGCACGACAUGUGGCAAGGUUUUCACUAACAGAACCAAAUUUUUGAAUCAUUCUCUCCUACACGCCGCACAAAAGGAAACUGACUGCGACGAUUCAUCAAAACACGUAUGCGAAAUUUGUUCCAGGACAUUGAAAACAAGAAAAACUCUUUUGGCGCACAUAAAAAAUCAUUCUCUCCUCAAAACGCCCAAGUGUAAAGUGUGUUCGAUCCAGUUUAAAAAUAAAUUAGAAUUGAAACUGCACAUGUUGGUCCAUAAAGGUAGAAAGCCAUUGAAAUGCGACAUUUGUUCGAAAGAAUUUUUGUGUAAAAGUUUCUUGGACAUCCAUUACAGAUUCCAUUCAGGUGAUAAACCCUUCCAGUGCGAGAUUUGCUCUAAACAAUUUCUGGUUAAAUCAUUAUUGGAUCAUCACAUGUUCGUCCAUAAAGGGAUCAAGCCGUUCAAGUGCCAGACUUGCGAUAAAGAGUUUACACACAAACCGAGUUUCGAUAGACAUGUUAAAAAGCAUCAACGACCAGAUUUCUAUUCCGUUGAGGUAAAAACCGAAUGUGAUAACGGAUUGAUCGUCUACGAAACUCAGCACGUACCUUUCGUCGAACCUAGGCCAUACGAAUGUCAACUUUGUUCGAAAACAUACCGCAGAAAGCAAGAACUGAAAAAACACAUGCGCAAUCAUACAGGCGAACGACCGUACGAGUGCCACAUAUGCCAAAAACGGUUCACCUUAAAGCCUGUCUUGCAAGUUCACAUGAAAGUCCAUUCAGGCGAGAAGCCGUAUUCGUGCGAUGUGUGCUUCAACAAAUUCAGCCAGAAGAAGAAUUUGUCCGAUCAUAUGAGAAGCCACACGGGCGAACGUCCGUUCAAAUGCCAGUUUUGUUCGAAGGAUUUCUUCUACAUGAAGAAUUUAAAGGAGCACGUGUUGAGACAUACGGGCGAGAAGCCUUUUAAAUGUGACACAUGUAAUGCCGAAUUCGCAGCUAGUAGAUAUCUCAAAAAGCAUUCCAAGAUACACACCAAAAAGGAGCUUAGUACCUGAAUUUAGCUCGUUAUAAUAAGUUAUUUUAUAUUAGAUAAUUAAAUAUAAAUAAGACGAGAGGAAGGAUAUUAUUAUUAUUGUAACGUUUAAUUUAAAAUUAGUUUUUUAUCAAUUUUUAUCCACUAUUUAUUUACAGUACCUGGCACCAAUGUAGCGUUUAUUUAUUCAGAACAGUUUAUUAUUAUAAUUUAUUUAAACAAAAUACUAAUUAAUUUAUACAUAAUUCGAUCUGUCUUUAACUGUCUCUCGACUUCAACUUAGUACGGCAAAAUAAUCCACUUAUACACAAAAUUGUAAUAGCUUAGAUUAAUCCAGUCAUCUCAACAAUAUCGAUACUACUAGAUGUUCGCGAAAUCCUCCACACGUCGGCAGGCGUACAAAGAACAUUCCAGUAAUUACUCGAUUCUCGAGGCGGGCAGUAAAAGCGAGACACGCAGACGAACUGCUGAACGGUGUAACCAAAGAUCUCUAACCAAC